AGCAGCGCCAGUCCCAGAAUAUGGCCAAUAAUGUUGCUGAGGGGCGGGGAGCAGCACGAUCUGCAGACCCAGUGAGUGUGAGAGUCUGGCGGGGUGCCGUGGAGAGGAAGCAGGCAACGGUGGCAGAUAUGGGCUCAAACCUCUGAAUCACAACCCGCCCUCUCACAAGCAUCUCGGACACUUGGAGCGACUAGUUUGUCGGAGGGCUUUUGCUUGUGGUACUCAUCAAGACUGGUACACUGAAGGUGCCGAAAAGCAGGAGCGGGAAGGUUUACAGUUACAUUCCGACGCUCAGCACUGGUCUCACCUGCACGACCGGUGAAGAGGUCCGCUGUGAUAAUAAUGCAUCCAGAUAAGUACUUACCUGAACUGGUGGCCGAGAAAAACAGCUUGGAGCCCUCUUUUGUGCAUGCGGUGCGCCUGCUUGCUGAAGAAAUUGAUAAGUAUGAAGGUGAUGAACUGAGAAAAGAUGGCGCCAUGAAGAAAUAUCUUGAUAUUAUCAGCAAUAAAAAUAUCAAGCUCUCUGAAAGAGUCCUCAUCCCAGUCCAACAGUAUCCAAAGUUUAAUUUUGUUGGGAAGCUGCUGGGACCACGAGGAAAUUCCAUGAAACGAUUACAAGAAGAAACGGGAGUGAAGAUGUCUAUCCUAGGCAAAGGGUCCAUGAGGGAUAAAGGCAAGGAGGAAGAAUUAAGGAAAAGUGGGGAGGCCAAAUAUGCCCAUCUGAGUAACGACCUUCAUGUUUUAAUUGAAGUCUUUGCUCCACCUGGAGAAGCCUAUUCCCGCAUGAGUCACGCCUUAGAGGAGAUUAAAAAAUUCCUAGUUCCUGACUACAAUGAUGAAAUCAGACAGGAACAACUGAGAGAGCUCUCCCUGUUGAAUGGCUCUGAUGACUCGAGCAGAGGAAGGAGCGCACAAGGGAGGAGUGUAAGACCAGCGCCUGCAAUAUCCACACGGAGCCACAGAGGCACAGGAGGGAGUGCAGCAGCACCUCGGGGGACAACGGUGGCGACGCACAGCAAACCUUCCACAUCUGUUUUAGCGAGGGAGAUACAAGCUUCAAGAGCCUGGGGGACAGCAGGGAGUGCUGGAUACAGGCCCCCGCUGUUAGCAGCCACACAUGAAUCAUAUGAUGACUACGGCUAUGAUGAUGGAUAUGGUGGAGAAUAUGAUGAUGACACCUACGAAGCCUAUGAGGAUAGUUACAACAGUCAGUCAAGCAUUUCAGAAUAUUACAAAUAUGGACAUGGAACGAGUGAUGAAUCCUACAACUAUGAGGAAGAGUGGGCGACUACCCAUCGCAGUCCCAAAGCCCCUGUUUUACGGCUGACAAGGGGCGGCUACAGGAAACAUCCCUAUGGUAGAUACUGAAGGUGCUCCCGAUAUGUGACCUCCAUUUUUAGACUAUUUAUAAUUACUUUUUUAAUUCCUCAUAAAAUGUUGUAACAGUUACUUCUUGUCUGUCUCCUUCAGAAAUUGAAUUAAAAAAAUAGCACAUAAAAAAGCACAUAAAUACACAAAAUCUAACAGUAUCCUGAUUUUUUUUUAAAUAAAAGUCUUAAAAAUACAGAGAGGAAAAGAAGAGACACACUGAGUCAUGUACAGGAAGGUUGUUCUUAAAACUGGCUGUUUAAAUUGCAGUUUCAUCAGAUUUUUGUCCUUAUAAAUUAUACAUCAAAAUUUGACAAAGUUGUUUCCAUUUAUUGCCUUUAAUCCAGUGAUUAUCAAGGUUUACUAGACAACCCUGUAAUGCCAGGAUUCGAGUACACAGUAACUUUGUCAUACUGUAGCUGUGCAUGUUUGAAGUACACAGGUGACUUCACUGUUCCACCUAACAGCGCCAUCAUUUGUCUUUUGCUUCCUUACAUUUGUAGCACUGUGUGUUUUGGGGGGUCAGCAUCACAGAGAACGUAUUGUUGAAGUUGUCAGACAAGGAGUGGAAAAAAAAACUUACAUGCUAUUCGUUUUGUCCUGGCACAUCACAUGUCAGGUGGCUACAGACAUAAAAUGAGCAAGAGACUCUGCGGUUCCACAGCUGCCCUGGAGUAUGCCCUUUCAUGAACACACACUAGUGUAUGACAAACUUUUUGGUUUCCUUGAAACCCUGCCUAUCUUACGGCAGGUUACCCAAAAUCAUUUUACGGGCAGGAUGAGCCUUUAACCAGACAGAACUGCGGUGUAAGUGUGACUCCCACUCCAAGUUUAAAAUGAUCCUUUUUCAAACUCCAUCACCUUUCUCCACAGUUCACUGAUUGGUCUGGCUGUGGGCUCCAUCUGGUUUAAGUGGAUCUUUUCCUAACUAAUACCUUAAAGCGAAAACGUAACCUUGUGAGAUUCAAACUGGCCUCUUCAUGACACAGUUUUUUUCCACGGGCGUAUUCAGUAUUUGGCUCAAUAAAAAUAAACCAAGGGCGGUUUUCUGGUUAAUUUGUCUCUUGAAGCUACAGAAUAGCGUUGGUCUCCAGAAGCUCCAUUUCCUGUUUGACUCCAACUGUGGUUUGAUUUGCAAAAAUCAUAAUUAUAGCAGCAGACAGAGAACCACACAACUCUGAACACAAAUGAACUGAUUAACGCCAUUAAAGGCAAAAGAUGGAAACCAACCCUUGAAGACCUGAAUGCGAACUGACUAAAUUGCCUAAAUACUCCUUCCAAAAUUUUUGUUAAAAAUCUAAAUCAGUCCUCAGAUUGUCCCAUAGCUGUCUGAUGACUUCAUGGCAUACAUGAGUUGAUAUCUAAAGUUAGCCUAAGUUACAUUGUGAAUUUAAAUUAUACAAUUUGUGAGUUCGUAAUCGUGCAAAACAUUUUUUUUUUUUUUUGUUUCUUUGUUUUGUUUUGUUUUGUUUUGUUUUGUUUUUGGACUGAAAGCAAUCGCCAAUGUAUAGUGUGUAAUUUAUAAUGCGUGUUUGUUCUGUGUGUAAUCUGUAUUUGUACUUAAAGCAUUUAAUAAAAACAACACAAACCUCAACACAGUGUGUAAGACUUUCUAAAUAGGUGGCUAAGAGACUAUAAAUUGGUUUUUAUUGUUUUAUGUUUUUACAGCUAUAACUGACUAUUGGAGUUUCUUGUUUCUAAAACGUAACAUCAGCUUUCUGGUAAAAGCUAACUCAUUUCAUAAAGAAAGUCCAACCUGUCCCAAAAUGCAUCAUUUGCUAAAUAAUUAAUAUUCCUGUUCAGUUGUCCUUGAUUCUUUGGUUACUUUCAUAUUUAGAAACUAAUACAUUUCUUUUCUUAAGCCAUUCUCUGACAUUUUACAUCAUUAAACAGACACUCUGAGAAUGAUACGGAGUUAGAAGAGGUAAGAAGUCCUCAUAUACUAUCAUAAUAAUGCCUUAAAUAUGCGCAGCGUUUGAAGCUGACUCCUGAAGAUCACAGUGGGCCCUACAGGAUGUAGUUAUUGGUAUUGUGUUUUUGCUAAGUAAAAAACAGUCUUUCAUGCGGUUCAUGUCUGCUAACCUCUUUCUGUACUUUUGUUAUUCAUCCUGCAAACCCUGUAUCACUGUAACUGUUCGUGUUUUAAACAUCAAAGCUGAAGUCCAUUUAGCGAUUUGAAUUCUCUUUUGUGAUUAGUACACCUGAAGCCUGGCUCUCAUUAAGAGUGUAGAUCACGGGACUGAAAGGAAGACUAAACAUUAAACAGAUUUAGAAACAUACUACAGUGUGAUUUCAUCGCCACAGACAGGAACAUAACAGGCACAGGAAGCGGCUCCCAGAGGACCGAGGACUGCUACUCAGCCAUCAGACAUGUUUGAGUCCUUCAUCAAUUAGUAAAGAAGCUCGAGAUAAAAUUGGCCUUGGAGAGAAAAGUUGAUGAAACAUGAUGGCAAAGACUAACAAGGACCCACAGGUUGUAUUAUGAAGACAAGUUGCAAGCCUAGUGGACAAUAAAACCUUUAACUUGUGCUAAAUCAUUUAAGUGUGAUAAUCUUUCACAUGUACUUAAAAAUGUCCUUAGGUCAGCAAACAUUCAUUUCAGUCAAAAUCUUCACAGGGUGAUAGUCCACGCUGUCCUUAUGUCUCUUUUGUUCAGGUUCAUCAUAAUAAUAUUUUGUAUUUUGGCAGACGAUAUGGCCUAAGGUAAAAACCUAACAUUGAAAAUCUAUGAGAAAAGCGCAGCAUGAAUACGUUACAUAUUUCAGCUGUGUUGAAAGGUGUUGUCAUCCGGCGGCUGCUGUCAUUUCCAGCCCCAGUGCAUCCCAUGUCUGUUCCCUGCUCACUAAUAAAUGGUUCACUUAGUGCUGCCAAUGCGAACAUGUUAGUUCAUUAAGCAAGUCAAGCCCACUGCUGGUGUUCUGACCAGAUGUCACAGCUACUUUAUGAGCCCAACCCGUGACUGCCCCCAGAAUAUACAGCAGCAGCCAGUCACAGAUCACACCUCAUCUCAGUUUCUGAGUGGUAGUCAUAAUGAAUGGUGCCAUCUGCACACAGUGAUUAACACCUGAGAUUGAUAGAAGCAAUACAAGCAUCACACUGUUUUAAAUAAAUGUCUUCUUUCUGAAUUUGUUCGUUCAUAUUUGAUUUACUUAACAAUAAAUCAACUCCGUUUCAAACGUGUAGUUUGAACAGCUUGCGGGGCUGAAGAGUCAGAUUUAGUGCAGAAGAUCAUCCAUUUCUUAUCAUUUUGGCUGGAAAGGGAUUUCAUGAAUCCUCUCAACUGUAUAGCAGACUCAUUUCAUCAAAACAUCCACCCUUGAUCCUGGCAUUUAUUUAACUCAUUUGCUCUAUGAUAUAGCCUCCACACAACCUGCCAGCCUGACAGCAUGGCAUUUAUCUUCCUCGAUAUCAUUUGAUCUAAAUAUCAGAAACACAAAGACACCAAAAUGGGUCAGGAUCUAGGCAAGUACCCAGAAAUGUUCACUGAUGCAAAACAGUGCAUAGCAAUAAGUCUAAUACAUGGCAUUUUCCUCCAGUCAGGGAUGGGUACCUGAGCAAACUCAGCUCUGUUUAGACAGCUGCUUGAUGAGCCAGAAUAAAAAAUGAGAGCUUAUAUUCACCCGAGUGUAAAAGGGCCUCUUCACCACUGUAGCGCUUGUGAUGAAACUGUGUGAAGAGUCCUUGACGUGUUUUGAAGAUGUUCAUGCUGUUUCUCUUGCAACAGCAGGACUGGGAUGUAAGCCAGGUGACAGAAGGUGAGGAUGUACAGCUUGAGCUGCAGUUUUCAGGAGGGUGAAGACAGACUACUACAUCUGAUCUUAACUUUUACACACAAGCCUGCACCCCAGCUCAUUAGAGCUAUUUCUGGAGAUAUGCUGAAUUUUCACAUGUUUUGUUGUGCUGUGCAUUUGGUAAGCAGCAAGUGAAUUGGGCUAGUUAUGUUUUCCACUGAUGAAGUCAUCUGCAGUAGUCUACAAAACACCUUCACAAAUAAUGUCCUGCUUUGAUGUUAUUUUGUUUGUAAUAUUGUAGGAAAGGUUUUGCUGGAUUCAGUUGUCUUUGAAACAUUUGUAAAAAGGUUUAAAUAGCCCCCAAAAAAAUCCUCACAUAAACCAAUAUUCAAACUGGAAAAAUCAAAAUCAAAAUCUACAUCCUUUAUUGGGAUUUUCAGCCACAUUGGGCACAAGAUGUAAAUCUGCAGAGUAAGAAAUAUUAAAAAUCAGUUCUCUCUGAAUAACAUCUUCACACAAAAAGAGGCUGAAUCUAUUCCCAGUGAGUGUUUUCAUGCACGAUGCAGACACAAGCUGCUAAAUAUAUGUCCAUAUUUACAUUACAAAUACCUAUUUAUAAAUACAAAACUUUUCCUUGGCAGCUGGGCUUCUAUAGACGACAGGAUUAGACAUACAGUCAGACAUAUGCAGAUGUAAGACACAACCCAAGUAAGAUUUAUUGCUACAUAUAGUCUGUUUAUUUGGCCUCAUUUAAUACCAGAGGUCAUUUCUGUGGUGCUUUGAAUAGUGUGAAACCACCCAUUGUGUUACUUGUGUGUCUGCACAAUAAAAAUACAUUCAGUAAG